AUGGUUCUGUCUUGGAUCAUCAAGACCCUUUCAACCCACAUUGCAGAAAGCGAUCUUUGGAAAGAACUCAAAGAUAGGUUUUCUAAGGGAGACUAUUUCAAGAUUUCAGAUUUAUUACAAGGUAUCCAUUCUAUUAAGCAAGGAGAAAGAAAUAUCAGCCAAUAUUUCACUGACUUAAAAAUUCUUUGGGAAGAAUUAGAAUCUCUUAGGCCUAUACCUUGUUGCACCUGCAAGAACCCAUGUACUUGUGAUCUGUCUAAAAUCUCUCUAAAGUAUAGAGAGGUUGAACACGUUAUUUGCUUCCUAAAAGGACCCAAUUACACUUAUCAAACUGUUCAGACUCAAAUACAUCUGAUGGUGCCACUUCCCAACAUCAACAAGGUCUUUUCUCUCCUUAUACAGCAAGAAAGGCAACAUCAGGACAAGGGAGGCCAGAAUGAUUCUUUCAAAAUUCUCGCCAGCACAUCUGACAAGCCCAACUGGAAAAGUCAAGGUCGUGGCACUAGCUCACGUGGUCAAGGAAGAGGAAGAGGGAGAAAUCCCAAUUAUGGGAAGCAAUGUUCCCAUUGUCACAAGAUGAAUCACACGAUUGAUGAAUGUUACUCUAAACAUGGCUAUCCACCAUGGUACAAGAAGAAUGAUCACCAAAACAGUCAGGAUAGGAGAGGCCAAAAGGAAUGGAGUUAUGUUAAUGCUUGCAAAGAUGAUUCCUCCUUUACCCAGACACAGAAUGCCCAACAGGAAAAUCAUAGUAAUUCUAUGCAGAUCUUUACUCCUGAACAGAUGCAAAAACUGUUAAAACUUAUAUAG